CACAGGCAGUCAGUAAGAGAAAGACUGUGAAAGUAAAAUGUCGAAGUUACUACCAGUGUUGGCCGUUCUAGCGGUUUUUAUGAUCGUUGAAUCGACGUGCCAACUGAUAAUUCGCCCAACUUACCGACCUCCACGGCCACCGAAAAGGCCUAUCAUGAUCAGAGCUCGCCGUGACGCGGGUGAUGAACCACUCUGGUUGUAUCAAGGAGACGUACCGAAGGCCCCUUCAUCAGCCGACCACCCAGUGCUGCCAUCUAUUAUAGACGAUGUAAGAAUGGAAACUAACAGGAGGACAGCGCGUAGUAUGGGGACUUCCUCGCAAGUGUCGCAAGGACACGGACAUGGAUCACACGGAGGUAGUCAUAAGUCCUCCGGCCGGGACACUGGAGCCAAUCACCCAGGGUACAAUAGGCGUAAUGCCAGGUCUCUUCACCUGCCUGACUUUAAGAUACCCAUCCCAACACUGCCACCUUUCAAUCCUCGUCCGAGGUACCCCUGGGAUGAUAAUCCUCGUUUUCCAAUUUAUGUAUGAAGGUUCUAGUUUUGUGUUUGCUUGAAUAUCCAGAAUUU